AUGGUGGCUGUAUUUGGAGCACCAGAAAUAAAAAAUAGCUAUCCAUUCAGUGUUUCAUUUGGUAAAACAUGGGAGGAAUGUCUCUAUAAUUGCGAGAAUCUUCCUGAUCACUGUCACAUGGCUUCUGUGAAGAGGGACAGAUGUUCGUUGUAUACGAUUGGAGAUUAUCAAAAAAUCAGUAACGACGGUUUUGGAGAUAUAUUGGAAGAUGAGGUGGUUGGUUUCAAGCUCGAUAUUCCAAAUGGAGAAUGCUUGGGAUCUGCAAGUAGUACUCUUGCCAGCCAGACUGGUUCUUAUCUAUUUGCAAGUUCUUCGGGUUUAGGCAUCACAAGUUUCGGAAUAUCAGUUACACCGGAGUCCUAUGACGUCAGCUAUAACUACGAUAACGAAUGUAACAGACCAUAUCGACUAGACAUUCCUUGUAAAGACGUCACAAGCUUUCUAGAGGCUGGUAGUGGCCACAAAAACUAUGCAAUGCAAAUGAUGAGAACUGGAAAUACAGUAAAGCUCGAUAUUCCAAAUGGAAAAUGUUUGGGAUCCGCAAGUGAUACUAUUGCCAGCCAGACCGGUUAUGCGAGUUCUUUGGCUACAGACAUCACAGGCAUCGGAAUCUCAGUUACUUCGGAAUCAAAAAAUAUGAUGUCAUAUGAUGUCUCCUACAACUACGUUGACGAAUGUAACAGACCAUACCGAACAGGCAUUCCAUGUGAGAAGACAUGCCCAUCCAGAAUGUACAAUUUCCGCGGAAGCGUUUUAAUGAAAAAAGGAGAUGGGCAAGCAAACGGUCCGUGGAAUCAAUGCGUUACCAAAUGUGCUCGUGAUGAAAACUGUAUCCUCGCUGCAUCGGAUAAUUAUACUGCAUGUGUUCUUUUCGGAAUCGAAACAUUCACUGAACUCACUCUCAGCGACAGUUAUGAAAUCGAUUCGACUUCUACUGACUAUCUAGCAAUCAAGGUUGAGUUCCUAUAA